AUGUUUGGAGUCAAAAAUGUGGAACUCAAUCUGCUAAUUUUCUUCCGAAUGUUAAUGAAAGAUAUGUUCAGGCUGAUGAUAAUUUUUAUCAUACUGGCUGCCGUGUUGCUACUGGCUAUUCUUGGAACACUCUUAUGGCUGCUGGCCAAACGAAGAAAGCAAAAACCAAAGAAAGCAGGCUUUCUGAACGACGCAUCAAACACAUCGAAAGGCGGAUACACCGCACUGCAAUCACAACGAUAUGGUGGAGCAGGACGAGAUUCGGAUGAUCGUGGAAUGCUUGUCCACGAACAAGAAACUUACAGUACACCAGAUCAUCUAUACGGUGGUUAUGGCAACCGGUACAGUCAUAGUGACAGCCAUCGUGGAUUCCCCUCACGUCGUGAUGCUGGUGGCUAUGGUAAUGGCCUGUACAGCGGAGAUGGAAGUGGUACUGGUGGUAGGGAUAGAAAUGGAGGCGGAGUGACACGAGAGAUUGCCAUUCGCGAUGCUCGUCGCGACUUCUCGCGACCAUCUGAUCGGGAUCGGCGCGAUAUUGGCGGAUCGCGACUCACUGUCUCCAGCGACGGAGAUUCUAUGGUUCGCCAUGGAGUACACGAGACAGUAGAGGAGAGUUUCAAACAGGAAAUUACUUAUGAAAGGCCGGCAUCGACUGAUUCGCGAGAAAUGUUAUGA